UGCGAAUUUGUUUGUUUCCCAAGAAUCACUGAGGAAGAUCGGAGAAAACAAUGUUGAGUUUUUGAAUUUUGCAUUUGUUUCUCGAUCACUUUUGUGGAGGACUUUAUUUUCUCAGUUUAAUUGCCCUUGAAUAUGGGUUUCAAAGCAGUCUAUCGGGCAUUGCAGGAUGUGUUUCCUCAGGUUGAUGCUCGACUGCUGAAAGCUGUAGCUAUUGAACACUCUAAGGAUGCUGAUGCAGCUGUGGAAUUUGUUCUUCACGAUGUUCUCCCUUUUAUGUCUCAACACCCCGGGUCUUCGGGUUCUUGCUAUGAAAAUCAGCUCCUUGAAGAUUCAUCAUCUGGAAUGGUUGAAGGUGAAGAGGAAAGCAUUCCCGCAGAUCAUCAACAUGUAGUUGAAGAAGCAAAAGCAGCAAAUGUAGACCUUUCAACAAAAUCUGGAUCAGUUGCAGAUGAAAACCCCAAUGAUGAUGAGGCAAUGGAUGGUUCUACAGCAUUAGAUUUCUAUGAUGCAAAUGAUGGUCAUGAUGAAGUGUAUGAAAACACUGAAAGUGAGGAAUUAAUUCCAUUGGAACAAGGUCAAGAUAUUAGCUCGAAAGUAGGUCCUGGUAGGAUCUCAAAUAUUAUAGCAAUCACUCCAUUGCAUGCAGAUGAUGGGUGUGGUGAUCUUGAAUUAGCACUUGAAAAAUAUAAAAUGAAAGAUUUGACUCUAUCACAAGAUUUUGGGGACAGUGGUGUCACAAGUAUAAUUGAUUUCCUCUUUCAAAUCACACCAAAAACUUUAAUUCAUGAAGAUGAUAGUAUGGUUGAUGGCUUGAAUGAUCCACAUGCAGAUUCAAAAGAUUUGGAUCUUCAAGACACUAGUGUCAAAGCUUCCUCUGUCACUUCAAAUGCUUCAAUGCAUGGAGAUGGUAUCAUCAGCAGCUUGAAUGAUCAGCAUGCAGACUCAGACUCUUUUAAUCUCGUGGCGUGUGAUUUUGACACAGUAACUCAUAAAAAAGGGCAGGAAGCAUCAGGUUUGGAUGGCAUCCAAGUCGAGAUGAUUCAAGUACCAGAUACGGAUGCUCCAGAACGUCUUCUCCAAGCAGAAAUUGAUUCUAUCUCUUGUAUUACUCAUUGCGAGAAAGAAGAGUCAAGUGUUUCUUUUGAUCAUGAUGCCAAGCAAGAAGAUGGCUUUGAUAUUGAAAUGGUUGGUGACGUGGUUGAGCCUGUCUUGAACACUAUAGUAACCCAAUCAGGCCACAUCUGUAGUACUGAUUUUCUUGAAGAAAUGAUUGAAGAUGCCAAAAAUAAUAAGAAAACAUUAUUUUCAUCCAUGGACUCAGUUAUGAAUAUCAUGAGAGAGGUAGAACUCCAGGAGAAAGCUGCACAACAAGCCAGGGAAGAAGCUGCUAGGGGAGGUUUGGAAAUCCUCACCAGGGUGGAAGAACUGAAAGAGAUGCUGCAACAUGCGAAGGAAGCAAAUGGAAUGCAUGCAGGAGAAGUGUAUGGAGAAAAGGCCAUUUUAGCAACUGAAGCAAGGGAGCUUCAAUCUCGCCUACUCAGCUUGUCGGAUGAAAGGGAUAAAUCUCUCAAAAUUCUUGAUGAGAUGCGUCACGCUCUUGAAGCACGGCUAGCAGCAGCAGAAGAGGAUAUCAAAGCAGCAGAGCAGGUAAAGUUUGAGAAGGAAGAGUCUGCACGUAAAGCUCUUGCUGAACAAGAAGCCAUAAUGGAGAAGGUGGUCCAAGAGUCAAUGAUGCUAAAACAAGAGGCAGAAGAGAAUUCCAAGUUACAGGAGUUUCUGAUGGACCGUGGUCACAUUGUUGAUAUGUUGCAAGGAGAAAUCUCUGUUAUUUGCCAGGAUGUGAAGUUUCUGAAAGUGAAGUUUGACGAUCGAGUUCCUCUCAGCCAGUCCCUCUCCUCAAGCCAGACUAGUUGCAAAUUAGCCUCUUCAAGCUCCUCUCUGAAGAGCAUGUCAUCUGAUCCAGCUCCAGUUCCAGUUCCAGCUCUAUCUGAUGAAUCCGAGACCCCUAAGCAGACAAGCCCAACAGCCUCAGUUGGUGGCCAAUCACCAAAGAAAAGCCCCGUGGAGAGCGGAGGAAGAGAUGACCACAAGGCGCUUUUAGAUGAUGGAUGGGAUCUGUUCGAAAACGAUGGCGACAUAUAGAGAUGAAGCUCUCAUUAUAUUGUAGAUAAGAGCAGCAUAAAAAGAGCUUGUUGGACCUUGUUUUAGGUUAUUGAUCCUAGUCAUAACUUUGAAGCUUCUCCCUAUUACCACAUAUGUGGAUCGAAUCUAGCACUCUAGCAUGAGUAUAUUUUACUAGAAGAUAGCCCUAUAUUGAUUUGGUAGAUUCCCUGUUUUUCAGAUGCCAUCUGUACAGUCUGGUCAAAUAAUAAGCUAAACAUGUGAUGUAGUGCUGAAGCACUCAUAACACUUAUUCUUAUUUUGGGUAUAGAAAUGCAUGGAACAAUAAUGCUAGUAAUUUCCAAUGGCUU